AGAACAGAGGAGAGAGUAGAUGGCAUUAUUAUUAAAGGAGCAACCUUUGGAUAUUCUACGAUGGGUUGUGUUCCUUUGUCAAUAUCGACUCCUCCCUCUCCUGCACAGCCCACAGGAGUUGAAUAUGAUCCUUCCAACCAGACCGCCGCUCUUCUCUCCGCCGUCGCUUCCCAUUCCUCUUCGGGCCUCCGCCGAUCUCACACCACCUACCUCGUCCCUGCCUUCGUGGUCGUCACCUGCGCCUCCGUGGCUGUCGCGGCCGCUUUCGCCUUCCUCUUAUUGCCCUCCUCCUCCCCCGCUGCUGCAGACCAAGAUUCCGCCUCUGAUCUGUCUCACGCCGCGCGGCCACUCGCCAAGCUCUCCCGCCCCGUCGUUCUACUCGUAUCCUCCGACGGCUUCCGCUACGGUUACCAGUUCAAGACCGACGCGCCCAACAUCCGCCGCCUGAUCGCCAAUGGCACCGAGGCGGCGCCCGGGCUCAUAUCGGUCUUUCCCACCCUCACCUUCCCAAAUCACUACUCCAUCGUCACCGGCCUCUACCCGCCCUACCACGGCAUCAUCAACAAUCACUUCAUCGACCCGAUCUCUGGCGCCUCCUUCACGAUGAAGAGCAACGAACCGGAGUGGUGGCUCGGGGAGCCGCUCUGGGAGACUGUCGUCGACCACGGGUUCCACGCCGCCACCUUCUUCUGGCCCGGAUCCCAAGUCAAAAAGGGGCGUUGGGAUUGCCCUCCCAGCUUCUGCAGGCAUUACGACGGCUCGGUGCCGUUCGAGCAUCGCGUGGACACCAUCUUGAGUUACUUCGAUCUCCAAAGCUAUGAGAUACCCGUGUUCAUGACCCUUUACUUCGAGGACCCAGAUAAGCAAGGGCACAAGGUCGGUGCGGACGAUCCAGAGAUCACUGCUGCAGUGACUCGAAUCGACGACAUGAUCGGGAGAUUGAUCGUCGGCCUGGAGAAAAGGGGGAUCUUCGAGGACGUGACUAUAAUCUUGUUAGGUGAUCAUGGAAUGGUGGGAACUUGUGAUAAAAAACUGAUCUUUCUUGAUGCUCUGUCUCCGUGGAUCAAAAUUCCCCGAGACUGGGUCGAGUCCACUAGUCCUUUGUUGGCAAUUCGCCCGACUGCCGGCGUGGCGCCGUCGGAAGUGGUGGCGAAGAUGAACGAGGCACUGAGUUCAGGAAAGGUGGAACACGGAAAUUAUUUAAAGAUGUACCUGAAAGAGGAUUUGCCAGAGAGGCUCCAUUACUCGGCGAGCUACAGGAUUCCACCCAUAAUUGGAUUGCUGGCGGAAGGCUACAAGGUGGAACUGGAGAAGACGAAAGACUGCGAGUGCGGUGGCGCUCAUGGCUAUGACAACGCAUUAUUCUCGAUGAGGACAAUUUUUAUUGCGCACGGUCCUCAGUUUGUAAGGGGAAGGAAGAUUCCAUCUUUUGAGAAUAUAGAGAUUUACAAUGUGAUCACCUCCAUUCUGAAGCUGAAGGGUGCUCCCAACAAUGGAUCGGAAUCGUUUCCGAGCACUAUUCUUCUCGCAAAUGCUUGAAUGUGAUUAAUGUACUAGGAAAUAUGCAAUGAGCUUCCAUAAGCAGCAACGUCAUCACUCACCGACCUUACCAAGAGAGUGAACGUUAAAAGGGAUAUAGUACUUUAUCGAUCUCGUCGUUUUCAAUUCUUUUACUCAAUGCAUUGUAAGUUAUCACUGUUUCUGAUU